AAGACAUUCAGCCACAAACUUCACACUCAGGUACACACAUCCACUCAUGGACAGACUGAUCAGGUUGGUCAACACAGGACAGUGUGUGAAGGGCAAAAACUUUUUCUCUGUUUUGAAGAAGGGGAAAAAAAAAAGUGGAGAGAAAAGGAGUCUGCGGAGUGAGCGAGAGGCAUUGUUUUCCACGAGGAGCAAAUAAUGUCAGAGAGAAAAGAGAAAGUAAGAGAGAGCGUCGGAUGACUCAUCUGUGAAGUGAGAAAAAAGUGUUCCCACAACCAAGAUGGCCACCUUUGACAACUACAGUGACACAAACCAAACAGGCUACGGUGCCUCGUACUGUCAUUUCAAUGAAGAUUUUAAAUACAUUCUCCUGCCUGUGAGCUAUGCCCUGGUCUUUGUGAUCGGCCUGGUGCUGAACACCACAGCGCUGUAUGUGAUUGUAUUUCGCACAAAGCGCUGGAAUCCAUCCACCAUCUAUAUGGUCAACCUGACCAUGUGUGACACUCUCUACAUCUUCACCCUGCCCUUCCUCAUCUACUACUACGCCGAUGAGAACGACUGGCCCUUCGGUGAACCCUUCUGCAAAGUGAUACGCUUCCUGUUUUAUUCCAACUUAUACGGUUCCAUAUUGUUCCUGUGCUGUAUCAGUCUGCAUCGCUUUGUUGGAAUUUGUUAUCCAGUCCACUCCCUGUACUGGGUCAGCACUCGUCGGGCCCGCCUGGUGUCUGUGGCAGUGUGGGCCUUUGUGUUACUCUGCCAGGCUCCUGUUCUCUACUUCUCAAGAACAAGGGAGAGGGCCACUGGGCGGGUCUGCUACGACACCACCAGCCCGGAGCUGUUUGACGACUUCCUGGUGUACAGCUCUGUGGUGUCAGUUGUCAUGUUCUGCCUGCCCUUCAUGGUGGUGAUGGUGUGCUAUGGCCUUAUGGUGCGGAAGCUUCGGGAGUCAAGCUGGGGGUCUUCAGGCGGGGACGAAGGGGAGAGAGGAGGUCUGGCGGCUAAGCGCUCAAAGCAGAAGUCAGUGAAGAUGAUUAUCAUCGUGCUGGCGAUGUUCAUGCUCUGCUUCCUCCCUUUCCACCUCACCAGGAGUCUUUACUACUCCUUCAGGUACCUGAGGCAGUCCAACCCAGCACAGCUCAGCUGUAGUUGGCUUGAGGCCUCCAGUAUUGCCUACAAGGUGACUCGACCUUUGGCCAGUGCCAACAGCUGCGUGGACCCCAUCCUUUACUUCCUGGCUGGGCAGGACGUCCGCAGUAACCUCACAAAGAAGAUCAGGUCAAAACGUGCAGGUGUGGGCCAGUUAUCGACGACACAAAUCUGACCCAACAACUCAUGGUGUCUUGGUAAACAUGUUAAAGUUGCAGGGACUGUGCUCACGACAUCUCAUCAGUGCACCUUUCAAUGUUCAGCAAGCACAAUACCUCUGAGUGUCAGGUCUUUACGAAGAAGCAAAUGUUAAAUCGUGUAUGUUAUUUUUUUAGCAAUUAUGAAUGUUUUUCUUCAGGAGUUUAAUUUAUAUUGAUACAAAUGUACUGUACAGGGAUAUUCAUAGGUAUAAGCACGUACUGUUUUUUUUAAGUGUUACUUGUCUGUUUUGAAUAAUUGAAGGACUUUAGUUGUGCAAGUUCAAACACUCUGUAUUUGGAUUUCUGUCAUCACCCAGCAGAAAAUCUAUGCUCAGGAUGAGAUAUGACGAAGAAAGGUUGUAAAUAAAUCAUGUAGUGCAUGCCUGA